UAGAGAAUGCAGUAGUAUAUGACAUACAAACAGAAGGUAUUGAUCCAUGCUAAAAUUAAGGAAAAUGCAUCUAAAAUAGAAGGAAAUGUCUCUCUCAGAAUAUUUUGUUCAAGCAAUCAUCUCUUUGGUUGCAUCUGGGUCAAGUUUCUUUGGCCACCUGUGGAGUCCAAGAUUAAGAACUCUGUACUCUUUUAACCUAGGGUUCCUCUAGUCUAGAGGCUAGGGGUGUCCCAUGCCACCUCCACCUCUCCCUUCCUUUCUUCUUUUUCAGCUUCUUUUCUAUUGCCUUCAAACAUCCUGGGAUCUCACAUCCUUAAAGGGGGGGGGGGAAGCCCUUCAAUUGAUAAUAUUGCCUUCAUAAGCUUUUAUUUUCUUUUUAUUCUUAAGCUUAUUUUUAUUUUUUCCAUUCUAUCACUGCCAAACUUCUAGAAAAAUAUAUCUACAUAAGUAAAACUGCUUAAGUUUCCAGUGAUCUCUGAGCUGCUAAAUCCAAAAGCCUCUUCUUGACCAUUCUGUAGUUUUUUGUACUGUUGGCCAAUUCUUCCACCUCUACACUUUUUUUCCUCAGGUUUUUCUGACCCUGCAUUCUUGAUUCCUCUCCUUUUCCCCAACUAUUUCUUCUUAAUUUCUUUGGUUGAAUCAUCAUCUAUGUCCCACCUCCUUUUGUAUGAGUAUAUACCCCAGCAUCCUCUUUUCUUCUCUCCCUGUCUGUUCUCUUUUGGUGUUUUCUACAGUCAUGUUUAGAAUUCUCCAAGCAGAUGACUUGCAAACCUACAUAUACAACUUUCAUCUCUUUCUAAAAAUACCAGGCUCAGUAUCUCUAAAUGUUUGCUGCACAUCUCCAUAUGAAUGUCCUAUAGGUAACUCCAAUUCAACACAGUCAAACAGAGCUCAUUAUUUUGUCUUCAACAAUCUAUCAUUCUUAAUUUAUUUCUUUCUGUGGUGGAUAUCAUUGUAUUUUCAGUCACUUUGGUUCAAAACCUAGGAGUCAUCUUUGAUUCUUCAUUGCUAUCUAUCUCCCCAUAUUCAAUAGUUUGCCAUAUUUUGUUAAUUUUAUCAUUACAACAUCCCAUAUAUUUAUAUCUUCUCUCCACUUACAGGGUCGCCACCCUUUUUUAAGUCAAACCAACAAACAUUUAUUAUGUACUUUCUUUUUUCUUUUUUUUUAAACCCUUACCUUCUGUCUGGGAGUCAAUACUAUGUAUUGGCUCCAAGGAAGAAGAGUGGUAAGGACUAGGCAAUGGGGGUCAAGUGACUUGCCCAGGGUCACACAGCUAGGAAGUGGCUGAGGCCAGAUUUGAACCUAGGACCUCCAGUCUCUAGGCUUGGUUCUCAAUCCACUGAGCUACCUAGCUGCCCCCUAUUAUGUACUUCCUAUUCACCAGGCUCUGUACUAAGAUAGUCCCUGCUAUCAAGAUUCUUGUAUAUUAUAUUAAGAUAUAAAGUUAACCCAUAAAGAGGAGGUGAAAAAUGGGCAUGGGGAGGGGAUAUUGUAAGGAGAGUAUAAUGUUUAUGCAGGUAGAAUUAAGGAUGGAUGGAUGGAUGAUCUGGGUCUUCCUCAAAAUGGAAAUUCUGGGAGGAAUUAUAAAAAGGAAUUCUUUGAUCUCUCUGAGUUUACACUUGUGAAAGGGAAUCCUUUGUUAAUCAUAAAGUGCCAAAUAAAAGUGAAUUUUGCUAUUAUUAUUAGCCAUGAAGUACUUAGAAAAAUAAUUUUUUACAAAAUAGAUUUACUGAUACAAAAUGCUUAGUUCACAUUGUUUCUGACAGUGCUUCUUGAAAGCAAAUAUAUAUUUCAGAUAAACUAUUUUUUGGAAAUGAUGCUAUCAGUUUACACAGUCUUUUUAUGUACUGAAACCAUUAUUAAGGGUAAGAAAGAGGGUGAGAAGAAAAAGAAACUCACCAAAAGUGAACGACUGAAACUGCAACAAGAAGAGGAAGAAAGAAGACUGAAGGAGGAAGAGGAAGCCCGUUUGAAAGCUGAACGGGAAGCAGCAGAGAAACUUGAAAGAGAACAAGUUGAAAAGCGCAAGUGGGAGGAAUUGGUAGAAAAGGAUCAACUUCGGAGAACUGAAGAAUUUGAGGAACUUUUUUUAUUAGAGAAAUGUUUUAUUGAUGCAGAGAAAUGGAAAAAGGAGGUUAGAAACCUUUCAAAGUGGUUUCAUUAUAUCAAGUGUGAUGGAAGUCCAGAUCCUUCUGUAGCCCCAGAGAUGAAUACUUUCAUUAGUUUAUGGAAAGAAAAGGAAAAUGAAGAUAUUGAUGCUGUGAUAAAACAGAGUAAAUUAGUGCUAGAAUUAAUUGAGAAACUGGAAUUAGUUCUGUUGGAUACUCCACCACACGAGUUGACAGAUAACCAAGUGGCUCAAUACCAAACAUCAAUUAUGGAACUGCGGGAACUUCUUCACUUUAAAUUCAAUGAAGCCACAGAAACUUUACUUAGACAAGCCAGUUCUUUUGGAGAUACUGACAGUGGAAAUAUGGAGAUGAUCAUUAAAGAUGAAAACGUCACUUUGUAUGUUUGGGCAAACCUUAAGAAGAAUCCUAAAUAUAAAACGAUCAAAUUUGGAGACACAGACAUUGGAUUUACUAUUCCAAAGCUACUAGCAUCAAGUGAUACUGCUGUCCGAAUCUUCCACACUAAUUACGAUCAUAUUUCUCCACUAUCUGUGGUUCCAAGGCCAGUAAAAACUGAAAUCAUCGAUGCAAUUAUUGAAGAUUUUACAAACAUAGAAACGACUCAGGAAGAAGCAGUUCCUCAGGAGGGCUCAGAGGAGGUGGCUGAAGAGCAAGAACUUGAGAUAGUUCCCACAGUUCCUGAAGGAGAAGUAAAAAUGGAGGAAUCUACCCUUUUCAUUAGACAGAGCAAUCUUAGUGUGUCAAAAGAAGAAGUUGAAUCAAAAAAAGAAGAACCUGUAGUAAAACGAUCAAAGAAAGAACAAAUUUUACCAGGUCCAGUGGAAACAAUACCAGAGGUUCCACAAGCAGAGGUUCCCACUGAUGAAGAGGUAGUUGAUUUAAAAGGAUUCACACCCCUUGGUGGAAUAUACCACUUGAAUAUACUACAGCUUCCACCACAAGCUAAACAAAUAAAAGGCUGGACCAUUGUGGAAGUAUCUCCCUCCCUUCCUCCCCUCCCCGAACAAGAAGAGGCAUCGCUUGACAAAAAAAAAAAACUCAUCAGUGGAGGUUUGCAGAAAUUUGUAUAUCCUCCAGAGCAUACGGAUGAUAAUCCUGAAUCAGAAAACCAUCAUAAACCUAUUGAGUUUGUCAUUACAAUAAAUAGAAAUGUUGUGUUUUUCGAGAAACCCAUGAUGGCCCGAUGGGAUACAGAAGGCAAAGCCUGGCGAACUGAUGGCUUUAUCAGUCUCUACUAUGACAUGGCGGAAAGGAACAUAUCUUUCAGUUUGGAAACUGUUUAUCCUGUCACACUGAUUCAAGAUAAUCACAUUCAUAUGCCGUAUGAGUCAUGGGAACUGAGACCAGUUGGUGAUAAUGAAGUAAUUUUAAAUGUUACUACAACAUUUACUGAUAUUGACAUACAUGUUAAGGAUAGCCAAUGUAUGCUAGCUGCAGUUGAAGUAGGUGAAAAUUAUGAGCUUUCUCAUCUGUUAAAAAAAUGGAUGAAUAUUUCUUCUUUAAUAAUUGCUAUGAAACAAACUGGAUUAAAUAUCUUUCCAUCUGAAUACUCUGGUGCUUAUGUUGCUGUGAAUGACAAGGAUCCAUUAGUAGAAAUGAAAACUUAUCGACAAAUGGCCCUUUUGGCAUCUUCCUUUUCUUUCUGUUGGAGUAAAUGGAAUCAGGCAUGUGGUCCUCAAAAUGUCAUUUUGAAGGUGGGUGAACUUCUCAAAAAGGAGUAUGUUGAGGAUGAUGAGUGGUCCAUUUAUAUGUAUAAUGGUGAAAGAGCACAAAAACUCAAGAUUAAUGAAUCCAGUAAUACAUUUUCAGGAGAGUUAGAAGAACAUACUGAAUUACAUUCUACUUUGUAUCACAUGAUCAAGGAUUUUGCUAGUAAAGAAGCGAUGGAGAAAAUCAGGAAUUCAAACUACCUAUUUGUCGAUGCAGUAUGCAAACUACUACUCUCUGUUAGAGUACUAACCUAUUCUUAAUGCCUUACAAAUGGUGGAAUUUUGGUGAGUCAAGUACAUUUGGAAAAAAUCAAGUAUUCAUUCAGCUAAAUAUUGCAAGAGAAAUGUAACUUAAAAUUUCCCAUUAAAGUUGUCUACUCAGCAUUUUUACACACAGAUUUUAUUUUUGAAAAACAGAACAUUUAGGCAUGUUGAAAAUUUCAAAUACCAUCAUAUUAAAACUAUAAUGAUUCUUUAUUUCUUCAACAUUCCAUAACGGAUAAAACCGUACAAACUUUUUGAUAAGGUUCACUUUAAAAUUCACAGAUUUUCUAGUACUUUGAGAAGAGUACAAUAUUCAUUCGCUUAGCUUUAUAAAAUUAUCAGGGAUGUAAGAAUGACAGAAGCAUUUCUAAAAGGUGGUGAUUUUCUACAUUUCACUUUUCAUGUUAAAAUUAUAAAACAAACUUUCCAGAGUAAAGCCAUUGAUUUACAAGUUCAGAUACUGAAGCUUUAAAAAUCAAUAUGUGAUUGCUGUUAUUAAACAUGUUGCCAUCAUACUGGUGGGGGCCCCUUGUGUUGGAGUUUGGUAUAAGGCCAUAAAACUUGUUGGAGGGAAGUCCAGGAGCCCCCAUUUUCUACAGGAGCAGCAUCUACAGUUCUUUGGAAAAAUCGGCCUGUGAGAAAACUCAUAAAAGCUGCAAAUAGUACAAUAACCACAAACGAAAUCCAGAGAGUUAUAUUUAUCUUUCGAAAGGAGGUCUUGAGAUCAGAUGCCCAGGUUGCUCCUAUGUCACAACUAUGAGGAAAUUGCAAAUACAGGAAGUUGAUUAUGCCAGUGCAAUGUAUCUAUUAAUGGUACUUUUGUUAAAUAUACUAAAAAGUCUUUGGUAUACUUUAUAUAUGCUCUAUAAAUCAACACUGUGUCACUGCAACUUACUACAAAUUAUUCUGCUUCCCCUCUCCUUAAGAUAACUUUAAAUGAAAUUUCUUUUGUGAAGAAAAUCAGACUCAUAUCCUACAAGUAUAAAGGUACUACUCUUAAUAACAUAUAGGAGCUAACCUGCAUAGGGCUUGAGAUAUGUCUAUAGAUAGAGAGAGAGACAGACAGACAGACAGACAGACAGACAGAUAGACAGACAAACAGACAGAGGGAUAUCUUUACCAAACAUGUCUGAAGUAGAGGAAAAAAAAUUUCUGGUCAGAAGUAAAGGGACUUAGAAUUUAAGAAUUUAAUUUUUAGCUACAUUCAUGCAAAGCAAUAUAUAUGCAUAUAUAUGUAUGUAUAUAUAUAUAAUUUGCAUCUUUUAGCAAAUAUACAACUUACAGUGAAGAAACAUCCCAUCUGGACUGAUUUUUACUCUUUUCAGGAAGACUUAGUUUUCUUGUUUUCUCUAAAACUUCCUCAGUAGGUGGUUCUGAUUCUUCUUUAUCUCUGAAUAAAUCAGUUUCAUUAUUUAAGAUGACAAGAACUCAUUGUGCAAAAUGAAAAUAAUGUUAAAUUAUAGCUACAGACAAUGAUUUAAAUAUAUUUGAGAAAAUAUGAUUACAAAAUUAUUCUAAAAAGUUUCUGAUUUAAUUCAUUUAUUUGUUUAAUUUUUAAAUCUAUCUUUGAGAGUAUUUUUUAGUCAUACCUAACAGUCUAUGGUAUCAAAAGCAUGAUAAUUCAGGUCUUUCUUCCCAAAGAUCCUGAUUAAUUUAAAAUAGUUUUAAAAUUUAGAAUAAAUUGACCAGGAAAAGGACUUUAUGGAACCAUUAAUAUUUUUAAACAAAUAAAGAUGUAUGUAAUCUUCUCUGAAAAAAUAUGUGAAUAAAAAUAGUAGCUAAUAUUUACCUAGCAUUUCAAUAUUUGCAAAGUGCAUGCAUUAUAAACCCAAGAGAUAAAUGAUAUGGCUAUUGUUACCUCUAUUUUCUAUGUCAAGAAACUAUGGCUCAUAUACAUUAAGUAACUUGGCCACACUCUCUUAAAUAGUGUUACCUGACUCAGGUCAUGUAGGUUGAAAUUCAGUGUUCUUUCCAUGACACCAUGAUGAUUGAUAAAUUGAUAAUGGUCACCUUCCCACAGACUGGAUUUGAACCAGCAACCUGAAGAGUUCCUAGGAGCUCCAUUUCAACAAACUAUAGGCUAUCAUUUCAAUAAGCUAAUAGUAACUAAAGAAUUUCUUAAAAUUAAAUCAUUUUCAUUGAGUUGUACCUAUUUGGUUUUGUAUUUUCAACUGUUUGUUUGUCCAGCAACACAAAAUUAUAAUGCCAAAGUGGAUUACUUAACAUUUUUUUUCAGUAUGAGAUGUACCAAAAGAAUCUAUAAUAAUUUUAUUUCGGUUUUUGUAAAAGGAAGAUAAAAUCCUAUUAAGUCCUCAGGAAGCACAUCAGGAAGCACAACUAAGUUGGCUUUUUGUUUAUUUACAUUCACACUGUAAAUCUGCAUUACAUUAGCAAAUCCCCCCAAUAUGAUGGAUAUUAAUUGUUAAAAUCUGUUUUUCAAUGUAGCUUAAAAAUAUAUGCUAAUGUUGAAGUGUUUAUAAUAGCUUUUUAAUAGGACUCACUUACUUUAAAUCACAUUUGUCUCCCUCAUCAUCAGCCCAGGAAUAUGUACUAAUAAAGCGUUGAAGUGAUGGACGGCGUUCACUUUGUUUUGGUCCCAAAAUACGCCUGAAUUUUAAAAAAAACUACAGUUCAUUUUGCAUCAUUGAAAUGAUUUAAACAACUCUUAUUUCACAUAAAACCAAGGAAAAAUAUGAUGCAUUUUAUUCAUGGACAAAUCAAUUUUUUUGUGUGAUAGAUGACUUUGCAAAAAUAAUGUAACAGUUAAAGGUCACAUUUAUUGGUAUGUAUUUCAAAUACACAUUUACUCAAUUAAAAAUAGGCCUAAAUUCCCCCAAAUGGGGAACAGUCAUAGACUUACCAACUAGGUCUUCUACAGAGGCGGUCAUUUUUUUCCAUUCCUGACAUCUUGAGUAGUUGAUGGUUUUAAAAGAAAAAUUUGAAUGUUAAUUUGAUGAGCUUCUAUUUUUCCUAUUUAAAAACUUUUGCUCUUGAACGAAAAUAUUGGGAAUUUUCUUACCAAUCCUGUAUUUCCAAUAUUCCUGGGCAAGGUUGCAAUGCUGGGUUUUCGAAAAGAUAAUGGCUAUAAACAUACGUACACAGAGACACACACAUAUGUACACAUGAUUAUAGUUCUUUGACAAAAUUAGAAUUAUAAAAUGGUAUGAUGCAUUUUAAUGAUCUCCUGAGAUUUAGAUGAAUCAAAUAUAUUCCCAUUUACUGAAGUUAUUUCAAUUAAAGUCUAACCCACAUUUCAAGGUAAAGUAGAAAAUAAAAACUGAAUGUCUGUUGUGAUGAAGUCCCAAGUCUUCCAACUUUUAUAGAACAGUAUUCAUAGCCUAUGGAAGAAUGCCACAUACAAGAUACAGGAGAGCUCUUUUGUAGCAGUUCCCAAAAGAAAAUGUUCACAUUUGUUAUCUACUCUCUGCAGAGAGCCUAGCUGUUUUGGUUAAAUAUUUAAACACAGAAAAGACUACAAGUUUAAAAAUCUGGGCAAUAUGGAGUCUUCAACUACCUAUCUUUGUUGGCUUUGAUAUUUUAACAAUUAAUCGUAUUUAUCUUAUAUAUAAGCUUUAAACAGAUAUACCUAACUUUUUCUAACAGGGAAAUUCAACAACUAAGUGUCUUAUGUGCAAGAAAGAUAGAAUGUGAAGGAAAUACUAAAAUACCAUGAAUUCACAAUUUAAGAGGGGAUAAAAACAAACAAAAACUAUAAUACAAAAUAAAAUACAAGAUACACUACGGAGAGUGAUAUUUCUGAGGAAGAAAAUAAAGUUUUUGGUUGGAUGGAACAGAGAAGGCUUCAGGGUGACAAUUUUUACUUAGUACCCAUAUCGCUGGGUUGUGAUAGCAAAUGAAAUAACAUAUAAAAAGUUCUUUUCAAUCUUAAAGUGCUAUGCAAAUACUGGCUAUUGGUUUCUCUUGCUUAGAAAGAAAGAUAUAGCUGAAAAUUUCUACUUCAUAGCUUUUAAUUUAAGAAAUCAAACCUCUACAGUAAGGAAUCAUAAAGGUGUGGAAACAAGAAAAAGGUUAGGAGGGGAAAAAAUAAAACCAUAAUGCUAUAAAGCUCAUUAAAUACUUUCAAAUCUAUGAGAGGAGGCAACGAAGGUAUUUUUGUAUUUGAGUAAGCUGAUGCUCAAGCAAGUUAAUCUGCCCAAAGUCAUGCAGCUAAUAUGUGUUGGAUCUGGCAUUUUGAAUUUUCUGACUCUUAAGUCCAGGACUUGUUCCACCAACACCAUGCCAUCUCCACAAAGCUGCAAAAGCAGAUCAAGAAUAGUGCUGAAGAACCAGGAGAACAUUGUACACAGAGACAAACACACUGUGGUAUAAUCGAACGUAAUGGACUUCUCCAUUAGUGUCAAUGCAAUGUCCCUGAACAAUCUGCAGGGAUCUAGGAGAAAAAACACUAUCCAUAAGCAGAGGACAAACUGAGGGAGUAGAAACAACGAGGAAAAGCAACUGCCUGACUACAAUGGCUGAGGGGACAUGACAGAGGAGAGACUCUAAAUGAACACUCUAAUGCAAAUAUUAACAACAUGACAAUGGGUUGGAAUCAAGAACACAUGUGAUACCCAGUGGAAUCACACGUCGGCUACGGGGGUUGGGGGGAGGAAAAGAAAAUGAUCUUUGUCUUUAAUGAAUAAUGCAUGGAAAUGAUCAAAUAAAAUACUAUAAAAUUAAAAAAAAAAGAAUAGUGCUGAGUUUGAACUAAUAUCAAUGAGUAUUCUGAUGUUGCAAACCAUUAAGAAUGGAGCCUAGGGAACAAAAGUAGACAUUUAUCUAGCUUUUACCAGGCCCAAAUCUGUUAAGUCAAACUAAAAAUAUUGAAUUAACUUUGACUAAUAUAGAAAUAAGAGAAUGAUUACCCCAUCCUACACACAGUCUUUUUUUAAAGACAAUGUGAACAAACAAUAAAUCUCCAAAGUUAUAAAUUGUUUUUGUAAUCACAUUGAAAUUAAAUAAAUGAACUUUCUCAUUUACUUUAAAUUAUUUUGGGUUUCUGUUUCAAAUUCAAAUAUUUAAUUUAAAAAUUUCAGCUUUGCAAAUAUUACAGUUUUUAGGUAAAUAAAAAAUCUAAAGAUCUUAUGUUUGAUAUUUUCAAAGUUACCUUGGCUUUUGAAAAAAGGAAAUAAAUUUUAACCUAUAAAAAUGUCAUUAUGAAAAAAUGGAAAGAAAGCAUCUAAAAUAUUUUUUUUUAUUUCUAGGGAACUAAAAUGUUUAGAUUUAUAUUUUCCAAAGGAAAUAUUCUGUAAAAUAACUUUAUUACAGUAAGACACAUGAAAUGCUGGGAGGCAAUUUGGAACUGUGCCCAAAGGGCUUUAAAAGAAUGCAUACCUUUUGAUCCAGCAAUAUCACUACUAGGUUUGUACCCUAAAGAGAUAAUGAAAAAUGUUUGUACAAAAAUAUUCAUAGCCAUGCUCUUUGUGGUGGCAAAAAAAUUGGAAAAUGAGGAGGUGGCCUUUAAUUGGGGAAUGGCUGAACAAACUGAGGUAUAUGAUGGUGAUGGAAUACUACUGUACUGUAAGGAAUGAUGAACUGGAGGAUUUCUAUAUGAACUGGAAGAACCUCCAGGAACUGAUGCAAAAUGAAAUGAGCAGAACCAAGAGAAUAUUAUACACAGAAAGUGAAACGUGGAAAAAUACAAUGUAACGGACUUUGCUACUACAAGACAAUCCAAAGGGACCUGUGGAGAAAGAAUGCUAUCCACAUGGAGAGAAAGAAAUGUGGAAGUAGAAACACAGAAGAAAAACAAAUGACAUCAUUUAAUUAUGUGGAUGUGUGAUUUGGGGGUUUGCUUUUAAAAGAUUGCUCUAUUGCAAAAAUGAAUAAUAUGGAAAUAGGUAUAAAGUGAUAUCAUUUGUAUAAUCCAGUGGAAGUGCUUAUUGGAUCCAGGAGUGGGGAGGGCAGAGGACAGUGAAAGAAAAUGAAAUAUGUAAACAUGGAAAAAUAUUUUAAAAUUUAAAUUUAAAAAGACAUGAAUUAGGUGUGAGGUAUGAGUACCAAAAAAACAGUGUGGCUUUGUGGAACAAGCUGCACUGCUUUAUGAGCAUAUUUUGUAAUUUAUGCACUAGUUAUAGCUUAGCAAUAAAUAACAGAAUCUAUUUGCUUCAUUA